AUGGCUCCAAGCGCCGUGUCUCCCGAGCGGGAGGCCCAGCCGGAGCCGCUGGCGACCCUGACGGCAAAGUUCGACGACACCCUCAGGUUCUACCUGAACGGAACCAAGGUCGUGCUGGACGAGAUCGAUCCUGAGAUCACGGUCCUGGAAUACCUCCGCGGCAUCGGCCUGACGGGGACAAAGCUCGGUUGCGGUGAAGGCGGCUGCGGCGCGUGCACCAUCGUCGUGAGCCAGUACAACCCCACCACCAAGCAGAUCUACCAUGCCAGCGUGAACGCGUGCCUCGCGCCGCUGGCCAGCCUCGACGGCAAGCACGUCAUCACCAUCGAGGGCAUCGGCAACACUAAGCGGCCGCACCCCACGCAGGAGCGCGUGGCCAAAGGAAACGGCAGCCAGUGCGGCUUCUGCACCCCCGGCAUCGUCAUGAGCCUGUACGCGCUGCUGCGCAACAACUCUGAGCCCUCGCAGGACGAGAUCGAGGAGGCCUUUGAUGGCAAUCUGUGCCGCUGCACCGGGUACCGGCCCAUCUUGGACGCCGCGCAGACUUUCAGUGUGGACAAGUCGCAGCGCGUGCAGAGCAACGGCGGGGGAUGCUGCAAGGAUGGCAGCAACGGCGCCAACGGAGGUGGUUGCUGCAAGGAGAACGGCACCACCGCCGUGUCCAACGGGACGAACGGGUCGACGGAGGCGAACGGCACCAAUGGAAAAGCCGAGUCGAACGGCGUCGACGGCGCCAACGGCGGAGGUUGCUGCAUGUCAAACGGCAACGGACCCCCGGCCGGUGGCUGCUGCAUGCAGAAGAAGGGUCUCGACGACCAGCCUAUCAAACGCUUCACCCCUCCCGGCUUCAUCGAGUACAACCCUGACACAGAGCUCAUUUUCCCGCCCGCGCUGAAGAAGCACGAGAUGCGACCCCUUGCCUUUGGCAACAAGCGCAAGAAGUGGUACCGCCCCGUCACCCUGGACCAGCUCCUCCAGAUCAAGAGCGUGUACCCGCAGGCCAAGAUCAUCGGCGGCAGCACGGAAACUCAGAUCGAAAUCAAGUUCAAGGCGCUGCAGUAUCCGGUGUCUGUCUUUGUCGGCGACAUCCCUGAACUCCGGCAGUACGAGUUCAGAGACGAUGUCGUUGAGGUUGGUGGCAACGUCAUCUUGACCGACCUCGAGGGCAUCUGCGAAAAGGCUAUCAAGCACUAUGGCCACACGCGCGGCCAGGUCUUUGAGGGCAUCCUCAAGCAGCUCAAGUACUUUGCGGGACGGCAAAUUCGAAACGUCGGCACACCGGCCGGAAACUUGGUUACAGCAUCGCCCAUUUCUGACUUGAACCCGGCUCUGUGGGGUGCCAACGCGGUUCUGGUUGCCAAGUCAGCAGACAAGGAAACGGAGAUUCCGAUGAACUCCUUCUUCACAGGCUACCGAAAGACGGCGCUCGCGCAAGACGCCAUUAUUGCGUCCAUCCGGAUCCCUGUGACCGCCGCCAAGGGAGAGUUUUACCGAUCCUACAAGCAGGCGAAGCGGAAGGAUGACGACAUCGCCAUCGUUACAGGUGCGCUGCGCGUCAAGCUGGACGAUGAGGGUGUUGUCUCCGAGUGCAACCUAAUCUAUGGUGGCAUGGCUGCUACCACUGUAGCGGCGAAGACAGCAACAGAGUACCUCAUCGGCAGGCGAUUCGCAGAAUUAGAGACCCUGGAGGGAACAAUGAAUGCCUUGGGCAAGGACUUCGAUAUGAAGUUCAGCGUCCCCGGUGGCAUGGCCUCCUACCGCAAGGCCUUGGCGUUUGGCUUCUUCUAUCGGUUCUACCACGACGUGCUUACCAACCUGGGUGGCCAGAGCGAGCAUGUUGACAAGGAGGCCAUUGAUGAGGUCGAGCGAACACUAUCGACGGGCAUGGUUGACGAGCAGUCGACCCAAGCCUACGAGCUCGAAGUCACUGGCAAGGCGAACCCCCACCUUGCCGCGCUGAAGCAGACGACUGGUGAGGCGCAAUACACCGACGACAUCCCUGCCCUGAAGAACGAACUGCACGGCUGCUGGGUCUUGUCGACCAAGCCACACGCCAAGAUCUUGUCGAUCGACUACUCCAAGGCCCUUGACAUGCCUGGGGUGGUCGACUACAUCGACAGGAAUGACAUGCCUUCUGCCGAAGCCAACAAGUUCGGUGCUCCCCACUUUGACGAAGUGUUCUUCGCCGAGGGUGAGGUUCACACUGCGGGCCAGGCCAUCGCCAUGGUGUUGGCGACGUCAGCACUGAAGGCGCAGGAGGCGGCCAGGGCAGUGAAGAUCGAAUACGAGGAACUGCCCGCGGUCUUGACCAUCGAAGAAGCCGUGGAGCAGGAAAGUUUCCAUCCCCUGUACCGCGAAAUCAAGAAGGGAGAUACCGAGGCUGCCUUCAAGAACUGCGACCACGUCUUCACCGGCACGGUCAGAAUGGGCGGCCAAGAGCACUUUUAUCUCGAGACCAAUGCUUGUCUGGUCGUGCCCAAGACGGAAGAUGGCGAGAUGGAGAUCUUUGCCAGCACACAGAACGCCAAUGAGACGCAGGUAUUUGCGUCUCGAGUGUGUGAGGUCGCGGCGAACAAGGUCGUCGUGCGUGUCAAGCGACUCGGCGGUGGCUUCGGCGGCAAGGAGACGCGCUCGUGCAUCCUCAGCUCCGUGGUCGCGCUGGCAGCCAAGAAGACGGGCAAGCCUGUCCGCUGCAUGCUGACGCGAGAGGAGGACAUGGUGACGAUGGGCCAGCGUCACCCUUUCAUGGCGCGCUACAAGGUCGGUGUUAACAAGGACGGCAAGAUCCAGGCGCUCGACUGCGACAUCUUCAACAACGCCGGCUGGACGUUCGACCUGAGCGCCAGUGUCGUGGAACGUGCCAUGACGCAUUCCGACGGCUGCUACCACAUUCCCAAUAUCUUUGUCCGCGGCCGAUGCUGCCGGACGAACACCAUGUCCAACACGGCUUUCCGAGGCUUCGGUGGCCCGCAGGGCAUGUUCAUCGCUGAGACGUACAUGGAAGAGAUUGCCGACCGUCUUGCCAUCCCCGUCGAGAGGUUGCGAGAGAUCAACUUCUACGAGCCGCAUGGCAUCACGCACUUCAACCAGAUGAUUGAGGACUGGCACGUGCCCCUCAUGUACCAACAGGUGCUGGACGAGUCCAUGUACGACGCCCGGAGAACCAUGAUUACCAAGUUCAACGAGGAGUACAAGUGGCGCAAGAGGGGAUUGGCCCUGAUCCCGACCAAGUUUGGUAUUUCUUUCACGGCGCUGUUCCUCAACCAAGCUGGUGGCCUGGUGCAUAUCUACCACGACGGGUCGGUCCUGGUGGCCCACGGUGGUACCGAGAUGGGCCAGGGCUUGCACACAAAGAUGACCAUGAUUGCUGCCCAGGCGCUCAAAACGCCCCUGGACAACGUCUUCAUCUCCGAGACGGCGACCAACACUGUGGCCAACGCGUCCGCGACGGCCGCUUCGGCAUCCUCCGACCUGAACGGAUAUGCCAUCUACAACGCCUGCCAGCAGCUCAACGAGCGCCUGGCUCCGUACCGGGAGAAGCUCGGACCCAACGCGACGAUGAAGGACCUCGCGCACGCAGCCUACUUUGACCGAGUCAACCUGUCUGCACAAGGCUUCUACAAGACGCCCGAGAUCGGGUACACGUGGGGCAAGAACGAGGGCAAGAUGUUCUUUUACUUCACGCAGGGCGUGGCGGCCGCCGAGGUCGAGAUUGAUACCCUGACAGGCACGUGGACGUGCCUUCGGGCAGACGUCAAGAUGGACGUGGGGCAGUCAAUCAACCCGUCCAUCGACUACGGGCAGAUCCAAGGCGCCUUCGUGCAGGGCAUGGGUCUGUUCACGAUGGAGGAGUCGCUCUGGCUCCGAAACGGACCCAUGGCGGGCAACCUGUUCACGCGUGGGCCGGGCGCAUACAAGAUUCCCGGAUUCCGGGACAUUCCGCAGGAGUUCAACGUGACGCUGCUGAAGGACGUGGAGUGGAAGGAGCUGCGGACGAUCCAGCGCAGCCGUGGCGUGGGCGAGCCGCCGCUGUUCCUGGGCAGCGCCGUGUUCUUUGCGAUCCGCGACGCGCUCAAGGCCGCGAGAGAGAAGAACGGCGUCAAGGCGGAGGUGGGCGACGACAAGGGGCCCGGCCUGCUGCGGCUGGAGAGUCCCGCCACGCCGGAGAGGAUCAGGCUGUCGUGUGAGGAUGAUAUCAUGAGGCGGGCGCGGGUGGCGCCGCAGGAAGGCGAGAAGAGCUUCUUUGUGGCCAUCUAG